AUGCCCAUCCUCAAUUGGGCCCUUCUGAGCGAGAAGAUUGUCGAGGUUGCCUCGAAUAAGUUUGUGGUUGUGGUGGAUGACUCGAAGCUAGUGGGUUGUUUUGAAGGGUUGUAUCUGGCAAUGCCCGUGGAAAUAGUACAAUUCUGUUGGAAGUACAAUUUGGUGAGGCAACAGGAGUUGUUCAAGGAAGAACAAAGCUCAGAUUGGAGGGUGAUGGUUACAGGGACAGUGGUGGUGCUAGGAAGAGGGACAGUCACCAUUCGUCCUAAAGUUUCCAGCAACCGUGGCAACACAAAACGACACCCGGCACCCAAGCGUCCAAAGGGCAAAACCGUCCAACUUUCACCGUAUUACUCGAAACUGAAAUCCGACAACACCGCAGGGUCCGUCUCGAUGUCCUGGAAAAACUGCCUGAAGAAGUCUCCCCAAAAUCCAACCACACGCGCCUCCAUUGGAGCGGCGCUUUGA